AUGAUCCCCUUUGCCAAUGGAGUUGAUGUUGACGAGUUCGUGCACACAAACAUCCUCGAGUUGCUGAUCAAAAACAAAAUUAUGGCAAUAAAAAAGUCAAAUGCAUCAAAUCGCACCUUCAAGAAUUUAUUCCGUAGAAAAAGUCGUAGCAGUAGAAAUAACAGUAGUAGUGACAUCCCGCAUCAUCCGCAGCUCGACGAGAAAAAGUUGAAUAUCGCCAUCGUUGAGUUGCCCAAAUUGCCCUUUGACGAGCAGCCCGUCAUCAUCAACAUCGAAGAUCCGAUUUUCACGCAGGGCAACUUGGAUUCCAUCAGUUUGUACAACAUUGAAAUUACGGGCGAUCGUCUGAUCGACUACAAUCUCGACGUAACGCACGUGCCAACGAAAGACGACGAAGCCAAAAACAACUAUUCGAGUGACAAUCAGUCCGUCAAUAGCUCAUACACGAGUUUUGCCGCAGCAGCAAAGACAACCAAUCGCUCAAACGUCGUCGCCGCUGCCGCCAAAGCUCAAUUGCCGCAACAGCGAGAGGAGGAAACCGAAGAAGACGACGAGGAAUUUUGCCUGGAUUACGAAUUUGUCGAAGCGAAUUUAAACCGAUUUCGGAAACAUUCAUUAGAAACUGUAGUUCCGCGAGUUAGUAAGCAGAGUUUUAGGGAGACAAGAACGGGAAUGAAUCUAGAUGAUCAACGUUUUGUAAAACUAUGCCUUUCAGACAGUGAUAUAUCAAAAACGAGUAAUUUCUUGACAAAACCACAAACUGCUAAUAUACAAGAAGAAUGUCAAGUGCCAUUACCAAAACAUUCUAAGAAACACAAGAAGCGACACAAGCAACAAAAACGUCGAGCGCAUCGACGCACUUUAGAAGAUGUCAUGGGCGUGGAAGUUAUCGAGUCAGAUGACCUUCCCGAACGUGCUCGAUGGACAAUUAUCUUUACCGCAGUAUUAUUGUUAGUUAUGUGUUUGUUCUUAGUCGGCAUCACUCUCCGCAUGGCUCCCUUAAUUGAUGACAUUGUCCGACAAGAGAACGAACGCUUGAAAUUCCAAUCGAUGAAAGUUCAAUUAGCCAAUAAGAAUUUGACGGAACUCCUUCUAAAUGCAGCAACGGCAAGCACAAACUCAUCUGUAUUACCUACAAACAAUUGAACAAUCUACCUUCCUACUGUGAGUGAUAUAUAUCGGAAGUUUUCUAUGUAAAAUUGACAUUUAUGAGUUAACCUUUAGAAUUAUUGUUUGUAAAAAAAAUAUAUAAAAAAUUGAAG